AUGAAUACAUCAGAUUUCAAGUAUUUAUCCGAAUCUGCAGCAUCAGCCGAAAAAAAUGCUAAUCAACAAGGUCGACCACACAAUGAACGCUUUCCUCUUCAACAACAGCAUCCCCAGACAACAACACAUUUAAUGAUGAAAUAUAGUCAACUUCAUGUACCUAUUCUUUACGGCCCUCAAAUUCCUCGACAAGAUCGUGACGACACUCGAGAACGAUAUUGUCGAGCUCUUCUCACACUCUUCGAUCGUGAUGAUCAUUUACUUCAAGUUAUUUCUGAAGCUCAAGUUGACAAUGAUACUAUCAAUCCUGUACUUUUGCUAGCAAAACAUGAUGUUCAUGGCGAAUACGAUAUGGAUGACAGCGAUGACUUGCUUGAGCUAUUAGGCAAUUUAGAUGAAUAUACAACUGCUGCAGUCAAUACCACAAGAAAAACAACAGAAAAUAAAUAUAUUGAAGAAACUAUCGAAGUAGUCGAGAACGUUGGACGAUUUAAUCAUACGAACAAUAUAUCAAUUGAUCGUACUAAUCGACAACUUAUACUAUUCCUUUGUGCAACACUUCAUCUUGUUCAACUCGAUACAAAAUGGCAAAAACAGCUGAAGAUCCAGAAAGAACAAGUUAGACGAAGUUUAAUUAUAGGGAAUUAUGACAAAGACGAUGAUACAUUAUAG